CAACAUUAAUUAUUAAUUUUGCUUUCCUUUUUUAGCAGAUAAAAAUUUAGAGCAUGUUUGCGGAGAAUAAAAGGGGGUAAACAGAGAGAAAUGAAUUUUCUCGUCCCUUUCAGUCGACACGCAAACGUAAAUUGUCGCGAGAGUAUAUUGACCUCAGUGUCAUCAGGGCGGGUCUUAACACAAAUUAGGAAAUAUGACUCCAGCUUGCACGCGUGUUUUAAUUAAGCAAUUGCCAUAUCCCAUAACGUAAUGAGUCAUUCGGCGGAUACCUUCACUUUCGUCAAUAUUUAUUCAUAAUUUAGACUAAUUUAGAAAACCUUAACUUACAGUUUUAUAAAAGUAAUUUUCAGUUUAGCAGAUUAGAUUGCUUUUUAUAGAAACAGAGCUAAUAAAUUAUUGACAAUUUUGUUAAUAAUUAAUUUACCUGAGACGCAACAGAACAGACAAAAAUUUUGUCUUGUUUCCAUUGAAUCUAGCCUUAUUUUCUUCGAUCGCUGUUAACAAAAUAAUGCAAAAUAAUAAUACAAAAAAAUUGAUACGUGUACAACAAUCGAAUAAAAUCAGGACCAUCUUAGUGAUACAAUACGGAGAUUACUUUCAGUAUUAAUAAUAAGAAGGGAUUAAGUUCAUUACAUUUGGCACAAGAUAUCUCCAUAUCAGAAGACAUUGUAUUUAUAAUCAGUCUUGCUGUAUAGCUGUACAAGUAAUAAUUUUCGGAUGAAAUUAUCCGAAUAUGAAUGGACCGCGAUAAUGAUUAUCGCGACAUACUAUCAAUCCUUGCCGUUGCUAUUCAGGCAGAUCAUACAGUCGGAGAGUCGACCGGACGGCGCGUUGAUAAUGACCAUACUCGAUAAGAAAUACCAGCAAGUUCCGCUAACUCGAACAGCCUUCGCGAAUGAAUGUACACAUCUUAUUGAAAGGAACGUUUGCGGGUUCCGGCUUAUCAAUUCGCUUGAAUAAAAAGAUAAAUAAAAAUCUGCAGGCGCGAUAUCUAGAUGAGAGAUGAGGAAAAAUCUGAUUCGUUUUGAAAAUCAAACAACACGGAAAUUUCAAAGAUUUGUUCCAAUUUGCUUGAUUGUACGAAAGGAUCAUUUCAAAUACUGAUGACCGAGAUACAAUCUUCACCGUUGUUUUAUACAGAAGAUGUUCCCGAGUUAAAAUUACGUUGUAAAGACUUAUGCGAAAAUAGUUUUAAUUCAUCAUCAAUUUGUAUCUGAUGAGACCUGCGUGUAAUAGCUAAUUAACCACACACAAAAUAUUGAAAGUUUAACUAUUUACCUUGCAUAUAAUUUGUAGGAUGGUAUAAUCAUUAGUUUAACAGUGAUAAGAAUGAAGUAGUCAUUUCUUAUUUCAUUGGUAUGCGCAAUACGACAUAUAACUUGAGGAACAACAGCCUUGAUGCCAUACAGUGGCCGGAAGCGUCUGUUGUUUUCUUUUCAGUUUAAGGAGUGACGGAAUCACUGCACCAUCGAGUAGUCCGCCAAACAGACAAAAAAAUGGGAUUAUACUGAAAAUAAACUUAUUUUAAAAAUGUUAUUCUCUUUUAAAAAAUAUGAAACAAAUGCGAAUAAAGUUGAUACGUAUAAAUCGUGGAAAACGAAGAUGACGUCUCGAAACAAACCAAUUAAAAUUAAAAUUACGACCGUUGGUGAUGGCAUGGUUGGAAAAACAUGUAUGCUCAUCACGUACACAAAGAAGGAAUUCCCAACGGAAUAUGUACCCACCGUUUUCGAUAACUACGUUGACAGCAUAUGCGUGGGUGGACAGCAAUUCGAAAUGACAUUGUGGGACUCGGCUGGUCAAGAAGAUUACGAGAGGCUUAGACCGUUAUCGUACCCAAAUACUGAUUGUUUCCUGGUCUGUUUCUCUGUAAGUGCUCGUAGUUCUUUCGAAAAUGUAGCGAGUAAAUGGCAUCCAGAACUCAAAGCGCAUUGUCCCAAUGUGCCAAUUGUACUUGUGGGUACCAAGGCAGAUCUUAGAAAUCAUCAAGAAGCUAUGGAUAUUAUUAGUCCACGAGAUUGCAACAAAAUGAGAAGAAAGAUCAAGGCAGUCAAGUAUGUCGAAUGUUCCGCAAUAAAACAAGAGGGUCUUGAAGAGGUUUUUGUGGAAGCUAUUAAAGCCGUACUGAAAAAACCGCGAUCGAGAAAGCUCUGCUGCAUCCUUUGAAAUUAAUGCAUUUUAACGCAAUUAAUGCAUCAGUUUGAAAAACACAUCUGACGAUUAUAAUUAUUAAGACCUAUGUUAAACCAAAGAUUUUCUUCGCAUCUUUUGUUCACAUGCUUUUUUUCUUGUACAUUUUAUCCUUAACGAUAUUCCUAAGAUAUAUUUUAUUUUUUGUGU